UUCCAAGUUGCCUCCUUCCGUGCCGAGAUGUGGUGCCGCCGUGUCCAGUGCGCUCUCGCCCUCCUUACCAUUGCUCUGGCAGUGCUGACCGUCGGCUCGGCUCCCUCAGACGGCAGGUACCGCGGGAUGCUCAAGAGACUGGCCGCAGGGACGCGGGGGAAAGCGGAACUGGAGGAGUACUCCCUGGCUCAGCUGUUGGCCGAGUUGGCGAACGCCGAGAACGAAGCGCUGGACGCCGACGACGUUUCCCGAGCUGCGCAAGAGGACGAGGUGCGGAUGGAGCUGGAGAGAUCCGCUAACCCGAACCUGGCGCAGAGAGAGCGGAAAGCUGGCUGCAAAAACUUCUUCUGGAAAACCUUCACCUCCUGUUAACUUUCUGACGCCACUUUACUGGCCCAGUACUGGGCCGGGUUCACCUGCUCGGCCUGAACCAAACAGGCGAACGUGGCACUAGCAGAACUGUACAUAAACAUUGUGAUGGA